UGGUCCGUUAGGCGCUGUUUUCAUCACGUGACAUGGAAGAUGGCCGCCUGCGACGACAGUAAAGAUGGUCAGGACAGCAUACUGGAGCCGCUGUGUUUUCCAGAGCAGCCAGCUGAUGGCACCAGCUCUCCCAGUCUGCAGUGUCUCAGUUCAGAGCUGCUGGUGUGUCUCUUUUGUCCCGAGUCCGUCCCUCUGCAGCAGAAAGACGCCCUCCUCAAACACCUGCUGCUGGAGCACAAGCUGGUCAUCGCGGAGGUCAAACUCAUCGCCGACCUCCCAAAGUACAUGUUGUACUGGAAGGGCAGAUUCUUGGAGCAGCCGGUCACAGAUUUCUGCAGCGUGAUCAAGACAAACUCCACAGGACCAGUCGAGAAGCAGGAGGACUACUUCCUGCUGUGUGAUGUCCUCCUGGAGGACCGAGUCCUCCGAGAGAAGCUCCAGCAAAAACGACUGGAGGAGGUGCUGGAGCAGCAGCAGCAGGAGAGAGACGACAGCAGCUUCAACCGUCUCUGCAUGUUCUGCAGUGAAGAGUUCUCUGGAAACAGGUCAUCUCUGCUGAACCACAUGGCCAGAGAACAUUCCUUCAGCAUCGGGCUGCCGGACAACAUCGUCUACUGUAACCAGUUUCUGGACACUCUGCAGGGCAAACUGGACAAUCUGCAGUGUUUGUACUGUGAAAAAACCUUUAGGGAUAAAACCACUCUGAAGGAUCACAUGAGGAAGAAAGCUCACCGCCGCAUCAACGCCAACAACCGCGAAUACGACCGCUUCUACGUCAUCAACUACCUGGAACUGGGGAAGACCUGGGAGGAAGUGCAGAGUGAGGAUGACCGUGAGCUGGUAGAAGAUGAAGAUGAUGACUGGUCGGACUGGCAGGCUCAUCCAGUCUCUGCUGUGUGUUUGUUCUGUGAUCAUCAGUCAGAGACGAUGGACCAAAUCUACAUUCACAUGAAGGAAAAUCAUGGAUUUGAUCUUCAUAAACUGAGAAUGGAGCUCAGCCUCCGCUUCUACCAGCAGGUCAAACUGGUGAACUUCAUCCGGCGGCAGAUCCACCAGAGCCGUUGCUACGGCUGCCAGGAGAAGUUUGACUCCAGAGACGCCGUCCUCCGUCACAUCGUGGCUGAAGGUCAUGUGAUGAUGCUGCCAGACAUGUCAACCUGGAACCAACCACAGUAUUACUUCCCCACAUACGAGAACGACGCCCUCCUGUGUACGUUAUCUGACAGCGACGAAGAUGAAGGUGACAAGACAAAUCACGGCGAGGACAUCCCGGUUUUUGCAGAGGACAUCUCCAACCUCAGAGCGCUAAAACAGACCAGCGUCCUCAACCAGCUGCUGAAGAACAGAGGCUCCAGCAGCUAAACCACGGACAGUGUUUGGUAUCGGAUGGUCGGACUUCUGUGUCUUUGGACAAUUCUUCCUCUCAUCAGACUGUGAACGAGGGCUCUGUGAAACCUGCUGAGAUGUUUUUUUCUGGAGCAAACAUGGACUGCUCAGCAUUUUCCUUUUUUAGCACUUAAACCACACUCUGCAAAAAACAAAUAAUUACACCAAUUAAUUGCACUUUAAAAGCCAUAAGAAGCCUUUUUUAGAAGUGCAGACUCAGCUGCAGUUCAACCUGUACUUUAUUCAAGCAACAAAGAUAUAUGAUUUUCUUUAAUAUUAAGUUUAUUACUUAAAGUAAAAAUAGUUUUCUGUUGUACACUACUGGUCAAAAGUUUUAGAACACACCAACUUUUCCAGAAUUUAAUUGAAAAUGAUGCAGUUUAAUGUCUCAGUCUACUCUGAAAUGAAUGCACAUUUGCAACAUUUAAAAUUCUUUAUUGAGCAUGAUAGUGUUUUGAAAGUAAAAAAAAAAAGAUUCAAAAUCACAUUAUGUUGGACUAAAGGACUAAAAAGAGACACAAAAUGACAAAAAAAGACACCAAAAGACACAAAAUGACUAAAAAAAGACACAAAAUGACCAAAAAAAGACACAAAAUGACUUACAAAGACAUGAAAAUAAUUCAAAAAUGGACAAAAUAGCCCAAGACUCCAUAGAGUUAAGUUGUUAACCCAUUUCUUGUUCCCUGAAAAAGGCCUACUUGUAUAAUUCUGAAAUGUACAUUAUUUUUCAGUUUUGGUUAAGCUUACCUUUUUUUAUUUACCUCUGGCAGUUCACCACUUACCUUUGUACCCUUUCAAGCUGUUCAUUUGACUUGAACUGCUUGAAUUUCAAUAAAAAACUAGAAAAAUUGGGGUGUUCUAAAACUUUUGACCGGUAGUGUAUAUUCAGAAACUUUUACAAGGUUUCUCUCAUCAGUGCAAAAAUCAUGACAUUCAAUUUAGGCCCCUGUUGAAAGUAACAAACCUCUGCCGUAUCACACGACAACAAAACACAUCUUCCAAGUGAUUACGUAAAAUAAAUGUGUGAAACCUGG